AUGGUUUAUGUUUGCAGGCUGCUGAGCUGAGGGGAGGAGGAGUUUUGGAGAGAAGUUUGUGUAAGAGAAAAGCAGCGGUAUUCUUUCAUGUAACCUCCCUCAACAAGUAGUAGAGCUGCUUCACCAAACAGCCUGUUAUGGAAAUCCCAGCCAUAAAUCUAAAGGCCAUAGUACUGGUGCACUGGCUGUUGACAAUAUGGGGAUGCAUGGCGUGGCUGCCCUCCUCCUUCGCUUGGGGGAACUUCAGUGUUUUAGCUGUUGGGUUGUGGGCCAUUGCACAGAGGGACUCAAUCGAUGCUGUGCUCAUGUUUCUGAUGGGGAUGGCUGUGACGAUAUUGACCGACAUCAUCCAUUUUGGGAUCUAUUAUCCGCUGAAUGACUUUGCAGUAGAAAGGGGGAGGGACGUGUUUCGCUUCAGCGCAGGAAUGGCCAUCCUCAACCUGCUGCUCAAACCUGUGUCCUGCUUCUUUGUCUACCAAAUGUACCGCGAACGUGGAGGAGAUUACAACGUUAACUUUGGUUUUCCCUCUGUAUCACGAAACAGAGAUGCCUACCAGUCCAUUGACCAGCAGGAUGAGUCUUCAACCCCAGCAAAUCCGUUCAACCAGGCCCAGGACAGCAAACCAGGAGUCCGCACAUACUGAGAGAGCCAGGCGGUGAACAAUGCAGCCUUUUCCUCUGACUUCUCAUGCAGCAGUACAGUGCUUAGGGGCAGUUUUUUUUUUUACAAUCGAUCCCAUCACUGUGUUUUGUACAACUGGUCUGCUGCAGAUUGCAGCACUGAAAUUUAAUUAUUUUAUUAUGGUAAAUCGUUAGCUCUGAUUGGGUUUUAGAAUAAAAUAUGGCACACAUAAUUUUUCCUUCAAAGGUGGUAAUGUUUUUGCUGAGCCAGCACAUCGCUGCUGAAUAAAUACAGAGAAAAUCAUGCUCCGCCACUUUCAUGCUGUGUUACUGUUGUUACUGCUAUUUUUAGUGGAGAGGUGUUGAAUGGAACUGUUGUGUCUGCAGCUGUUUUGUCAGUGUACUUUUUUUCCAAAUUACUCUUUUUUUUUUUUUUUUUUGUACAAAUGUGGCACUUACAGACAUUAAGAGGCUUGUCUGUUUUCUUUGUGAUCUGUGAAUUAUUACGUUCUACUUGUAUGCAGUGUUUGUGUGAUGAUUAUUUUCCAGUUAGUCUGUGUUCUACGUUACAGCAAUGCUUAAAGCACUGGAUGGUUUUUAACACAAGAGGACUGAAAUGAAUGUUCAAUGUGAGUGCCUUAGAAGCUACUUUGUGCCUUUUGUACUUUUUCAACUCAUAAGAGCUGAGAAAUCCUUAUACCGGAUUGACGACAUGAUGACCAAAUAUGAAGUUACAGGCCUUUCUUCUGAUAACAAAUGAGCAGGACCUUGCAGUGCAGCACACAAUCAGGCUCUCCUCCUUAUUUCUGGUGUUGAUCUAUGCAAUGUAUUAAAAGUACUGCCGUAUCUAGGUCUGUGACUAUGCAAAAUACAUAAAAACAUAAGAAUGUUUGAGAAAAGAAGAUAAAUAUGUAGAUUUUUGUAAUGAUCAGUUCACUGUGCAUAAAACUGUUUUCAUUUCAAACUAUUUUAAAUUGUUAAAGUUAUUACCAUAUAAGUGAAGGCCUCUAGACUGCCAUAAACACUAUUGUAAUGUAAAACCUUCAAUAAAUUGCAACCUCGGAUAGCCACUGAUCUGUUAGAAUAUGUUCCUACUGUAAAAGGACAGUAGAUAUGAGACAGAUUUUUCACAUCACAAAUGUUAAAUGUUUGCAGCAGCACUGUCUUCAAUGGAUGGUGUGUAAUACCUCACAUCAUACAUUGAAUACUGAAUAAAGUGUGCACUCUCAGUUUUAGUGCAAAUUGCGUAAUGGUAGUAGUGGUUACAGAGUAAGGGAAGUUCACGCUGUGGCUGCAGGGUGGAUUUUACUGUGACUGUAUCAUUUGGAUUUUUUUACGAUCAGUUUUCUUUUGAAAGACUUUCAGGUUCUGAGUUCCUGUGUUGAAAUCAUGAUGACCUGCGUGACAGAAUGGGGAUGUGGUAACCAUAUUGGUCAUAUAAUGGUUAUGUGAAAUAAUCACUGCUGUAGUACCAGAGGCUGUUGAGUCAUAUUUAUCAUGAGAGGCACCUGAUUUGCUUACAUACCUCAUGUAAUUAUACCUUAAUUCAGUUAGUUCACUGUCCUAGACUGUCUUUUACUGUCUGUAAACUGUCUGUCUGACAAAACAAACCAUAACUGAUGGUUCCACGUCCCUGUGAGCCUAUAACAACCCGUUACUAGAUCACCGAAAUACCAAAUGAUUAACACUUACAGCUCUCUGUGAUAACUUAGAAUAGCACCACCAUUGAAAAAAAGUAAACAUUUUCAACAGCAGGUGAUUGUGUGACUGGGAAUGACCUGCAGAAAGGCAAUAACAUUGUUUUUUGUAAUUCUGUUCAUAAUAAAAAAUAAUUUAAAGGACAACUGUGUAGGAUUUAGUGGCAUCUAGCGGUGUAGUCGCAGAUCGCAACUUCCUCGCUUCACCCAGCCCUUCAAAUCAUGAAGGGGAAACUGUGAUUACUGUAGAAACAUGGUGUUACGCUGAUGAUAAAAACAGCUCAUUCUAAGGUAACAAAAACAUAACAAUUCUAAUUUUCAGGUGAUUAAACACUAAUGAAAACACAGUGAUGAAUGUUAUGUUCCAUUUCUGCCUCCUGAAUGUUACACACUGGACCUUUUUAAAAGGACCAGGAAUAUUCUAGGUAUGAAUAGACAGUUCAGAAGGGUCUCUGAUUAAGCUAAAUGAGUUCAUCCUGUAAGAGACUAAAAUGUCAUAUUUGACUAUGAACAUUUUUUUACAUAGUUUCUUAUUAUCUUGAUACCUGCAUUAAAUAUGAUCUUAAUUUGAUAAUGUAACAUGACAAGAAAAUUAUUUUUUUUUGUCAUGCUGUUUCAUUUGCUUCCUCCUGGAAAGGUGGACAUAUCCUAAAAUAUGGCUGCUGUAGUUGCUUCAGCUUAAUGUCUCUUGCUCUGAUAAUGAAUGUAUUUUUCUAAUUGAAAGGCACAAGGCUAGACAACUUUAAAAGAAUACAACUGUUACUACUGCUGAAACUUUGUUUUUACUAAAUUAAGAUUAUAAGAGAAAAAUAUGAAAAAUGUGGGCUGCAUGUUUUCAUGAAAAUCCUGCAGCUCUGCCUUAAUUUUGGUUCUAAAUUGUUCCAAAUGCUCUUUUUAUGACUGACUGGUCAUAUUUGACACGUAAGAGAGUCUGUUGUUGUCAUCCUUUUUCAUUACAAGGUUGCCUCUGAUUUGACAUUUUAUGUGGCAAGUUGUUUUUUUCUUAAAAAUAAAGAACAACGAUGUAUAACAUGUA